GAGAGAGAGAGAGAGAGAGAGAGAGGAGAAACUACAGGAGGAUGUAAAGACACACAGAGUGGAAGCAAGACCACGGGACGACUGGCUGUACUGAGAAUUCAUCCCCUGCUCUGCGUGCUCUUGAGUCUGGAAAGGUCUGUACGAAUGAAGAUGCUGGUCUCUCUGCAUCUGUGUCUCCUGCUGGUGUUUUUGCAGGCUAGGAGCUCCACAGCUUCCAAAGGACGAAGGAACCAGAAGCUUGAAGAGGACAGGCUGAGACCCUACAUCGGUCGUGUUGAACCAGAGGAGCUGUGUAAGUUACUCAAGUGCUACAAGCCCGUUGGGUCGUGGUGUCAGGUUGUGGAAGAGGACGGGGUCCGGGUUCCCAAGUGUGUCUGCCCCAAAUCCUGCCCCAGACAGGUGGCGCCAGUGUGCAGUGUCCUGGGAAAGACUUAUGGGAACCAGUGCCUGUUGCACAAGGAGGCGUGCAGGAAACGACGCAGGACUGGCCUGGCUCACCAGGGGCACUGUAUCGUGCCUGAGGCUGUGUGCUCGGAAGGGGAAUACGGGCAGUUUCCCUUCCGCCUGCUGGACUGGUUCCUGCUCCUGAGCCGCAUGGGGGACCCGGGUUCAAACAACACCAGCAGCAUUCCCAGCACCCCCCUGCCACAGAGCUGCCUGAGCAGAGAGCAGCGCAGGAGACUGGCUGAGUGGCGGUUUGGUGUCCUAGACCGGAACAAGGAUGGUAAACUGGGCCGGAGAGACCUGAAGAAGCUUCGCUACAAACACAUGCCGCUGGAGCACUGUGCACAGAGAUUCUUCCAGUCCUGUGAUGCAGACAGCAAUAAGAAGGUGACUCUAAGGGAGUGGACAGGCUGCCUGGUGGAUCGCUCUGAGAUCUGGUUCCAGCAGUUCAUGUCUAUGAAGAUAGGAUCCAGUAAGCUGUGCCUCCAGAUGGAGAAUAACCACUGACGGAUCAACUGAUCUGUAUGACUUUAUUUCUAUUGCGUUCCAGAUACUGAUGUGAUACAGCCUUAAAUCUGACAUUUCUUUGUAUCAGAUCGUUUGUAUCAGGUGGCUGGUAUUAGAUAGUUUGUAUCAGAUGGUAAUGAAAAAUAAUAAGCUAUACUGUUUAAUGUACGGUGCUGUGUAAGAUACUAGUUGAAAGCCCCCAAUCACUCUGAAGUCUUGCGGAGUAUAGACUGCAUAUAUAAACACAUCACAUUGUAUAAUAAUAUGUGAUUUUUCUAUACUGGUAUUCAGCCCCCUUUGCCUUUCUGAUCAUGCAGAUUCUCAAGUGCUUGAAAAAACUCCAUUUUGUCUCGUGCAUAGCAGACGUCCGUAUGUACUGUAUCAGCAUGACCCAGUCGUGUGUCAUUAUUUACAUAUGUACUGUUCCCCAGUGGGAUUUUUCUUCACAGUGCCCGACUCCACCUGGUGUCUAUAUAUUAUGUUGCGUUUACGCCUGCGUGGCAAGUUCUGCCCACCCCUAGAGAAAAGCUAUUAGCUGUUUAAGCAAGUGGGUAAUUGAUCAGUACUCAACGCAGCAGCUGAUCACAGCCAAUAAAAGAGCAAUUAGGAGCUGAGCCGGCUGUGUCACAUCACAAACAAUGGCUUCUGUAAUUGCACAGCAGGCAGACAAGCACCUUUCAUUUACCAGAUCAGUGACAAACAAUGACUUAUAGAGAAGGAUCAUUACCAGACAAGAAGGAAUAUAUUAUGAAACUGUAUAUUGCACAAAUACAUUGCGUGAAUCACUGCAAAUAUGAGUUUUUGCAACACAGCAGGUAAAUGCUAAGAUCAGUUUUAUAGUGCAGUAUCAUAACUAUGUGUAGUUUACUGUAGGUUUCAUUGUAUUUUAUAUUUGAAUGCUUUUCAUAUGCACUGAAGUAUAUCUGUGUUAUGUGCUGUAUGUAGCGGUAGGCAUGUGUUAAAAAGGUUGUUUUAAUUAAGAGAGUAAAUUAAAUGAAUGCCAAGUGUUUCACCUGAUAAAUUAAAUAAAAUCUUUUUUUUAU